AUGGAAAUAGUGGAUUUAUUUACGUCCAAACCUACAGAGAAAACUGCAACAGAAACAGCUGCAGUAAAGGCAAAGCAGCUCAAGGACGCAGCAUCGGAUAUAAAAGAUAGAAAUGCAACUGAUUGGGCUAUCAUAAAGCAAUUGAUGAAGUAUAUUUGGCCGAAAAACGAUAUUGGAGUCAAGACGCGUGUGGUCAUUGCACUAUCUUUACUGAUUGGAGGCAAACUUUUAAAUGUACAAGUACCCUUUUUCUUCAAAAACGUUGUAGAUUCAUUAAACGUGACAAUACCUGAUGAUGCUACUUUAUGGACAGUGUGUGGAGCAGCCAUUAUCGGAUAUGGUCUUGCUAGAUUAGGCGCAAGUGCUUUCCAGGAACUGCGUAAUGCUGUCUUUGCUGCUGUGGCCCAAAAGGCUAUACGUCGGGUUGCUCUUAAUGUAUUUUCUCAUCUUCACAAACUCGACUUGGGCUUCCAUUUGACUCGUCAAACAGGCGGGCUCAAUCGGGCGAUCGACCGUGGCACAAAGGGAAUAAGCUUUAUGGUAAGCUCUAUGGUAUUUCACGUACUACCUACUGCACUUGAAAUCAGUAUGGUUUGUGGUAUUCUGGCAUAUAAAUUUGGCACACCUUUCGCUCUCGUCACUUUCAGCACCAUCCUCGCCUAUACCGCAUUUACGGUAACAACGACAGCUUGGAGAACAAAGUUUAGAAAGGAAGCAAAUGCUGCUGAUAACGUAGCCGCAUCAAAAGCUGUGGAUUCUCUUAUCAAUUUUGAAGCUGUCAAGUAUUUCAACAAUGAAAAGUUCGAAGCUGAUCAAUAUGAUAAACCACUUCAAAAGUACGAAACGGCCUCUCUCAAAGUUGCAUCAAGCUUGGCUCUCUUGAACGCUGGGCAGAAUGCGAUUUUCAGUACAGCUCUUACUAUCAUGAUGUUUUUGUCUGCACAUGGUGUUAUUCAUGGAACGAUGACAGUGGGCGAUGUUGUCAUGGUCAAUCAAUUGGUAUUUCAACUCUCUAUGCCUUUGAACUUUUUAGGUUCUGUCUAUAGAGAACUUCGACAGUCACUUAUUGAUAUGGAUACAUUGUUCAACUUAGAAAACAGGACACCUUUGGUUGUUGACGCACCAGAUGCUAAAGAAUUUGUAUUUAAGGGCGGGGAGAUCAAGUUUGAAAACGUCGUCUUUGGUUAUCAUCCCGAUCGACCUAUUCUGAACGGUGUUUCAUUCACUAUUCCUGCUGGUUCAAAGGCAGCCUUUGUAGGACCUAGUGGAUGCGGCAAGUCAACAAUAUUAAGACUCCUGUUCCGCUUUUAUGAACCACAAUCAGGCAAUAUUUAUGUGGACGGACAAAACAUUAAAAGUGUUACCAUGGAUAGUUUACGUAAGGCGAUUGGCGUCGUUCCUCAAGACACAACCUUAUUUAACAAUACGAUCUAUUAUAACAUAAACUAUGGAAGAAUUGAUGCUACAGAAGAAGAGGUGUAUGAUGCGGCCAAGCGUGCUCGUAUUCAUGACACAAUCAUGGAAUUGCCUGAUAAAUAUGAGUCCAAGGUGGGCGAGCGAGGACUGAUGCUGUCUGGAGGAGAAAAACAGAGAAUAUCACUAGCAAGAACCAUUUUGAAGAAGCCACAUAUUUUAUUCCUUGAUGAAGCAACUUCUGCUUUAGAUACACAUACUGAACAAUCUUUAUUGGCUAAUUUUAGAAGUAUUUUGCGAGAAACAGGCAUGACAAGCUUACAUAUUGCCCACAGAUUACGAACAAUUGCUGAUGCUGAUAUAAUCUAUGUACUUCAAAAUGGAAAAGUGGUAGAAUUUGGCAGACAUGAAGAACUAUUAUUGAUAGACGACAGUGUUUAUAAAGGCAUGUGGACUAAACAAGAGUCUACUCUUGCCUAUUUUCAAGAAGUGAAUAGACAUGAAGAGGCGUUUAAGCAACCUUAGUUAUUUGUAAUAAAAAAUAAUCAAAUCUUCAAUGACUUCUGCAACUAAUAUCUCAUACCACUGUAAAAGUAAGUCCAGUUUGCUAGUGAGUCCUUGCGGCUCGACUUGUGGGAAGUGUCAUCUAUUUCAGACUUAAUUGAGUAAUUGUCAUAUCUGGG